AAUAUUUACCAUAUAAAGUCAUUUGUUUUAUUAUCUGCUGCAGCAAGGCGAGGUUGGAAUUCCAAGCAGCCUGCUUAUUCCUGUAAGAGCAUCCGAGACUCUGGUGACUCUAAAGGAGACGGGAAGUACUGGAUCGACCCUGAGAACAGUGGAAUCCCGUUGAAAGUUUACUGUGACAUGACAACUGAUGGAGGUAAAAUCUCCUCUUUAUAAUCUAAAAACUUUGCAACACCUUUGCCACAUGAAUCCAAAUAAUUGCCCUUAAAUAGAAUAUUUGUUUUAUAUUGCACACGCGUUCAAAAUAGCCAAUAAUAAUACAUAUCAGUAUAUAGUUAUAAUUAUCUAUUUAGCUCUGAGCUCUGGCCGUUGUCAUACCGACAUACAUCCCAAGGGAGUGAGCCAUUGUCCAAAUUUCUUAGAUACGUUCUCCUGGUAGUUAAAAGUCAAGCACCCUUCUUAGAAUAAGCACACACACUUUAAUAGUAACUCCCCUUGGGGUUUUUCAGUCACUGUUUACAAGACAAACACUAAAGAAUAAAGGAAAUACGUCAGUUACUUGUCUAGAAGUGUGGAUAGUGGGGAGGCAAUUCUAUGCGCUGACAAACCCAAUCCUUGGCCAAGCGGUAAUUGUCUUACCUCUUGAUUACUCGAACUGUUAUGAGUCUCAGGAUUCUUUCAGUUCAGGCCAUGUAGAGUGCACAUCCCUGCCGCAUCGCUCAGAUGUCAAUAGUCAGCUACAAAAGUAUGUACCGCGACAUCAUCUUAUUUUGAUCGAUAGUUUGGCUUCAGGCCUCAUCAUAGCACACCGGAUAUUCUCAGCAUCUAAUCUCAGCAGUGGUCAAACACUCUUGACAAACGCUACAAAGUACGACUCAUAGCACUUAACAUCAAAGGUGCUUUUGAUAAAGUGUGACACAAUGGCCUCUGCUUCAAACUGUUGAAGGAAAAAGAAUCUCUGGCAAGCUGCUGGCUUCGAUCAGGUGCACCCAAUGACUGUUUCGUCAUGAAUGCAUUAAAGACACUUUUUAAGGCCUAUCCAGAGUACUUUUAGAUCUCUAGAAAUGCAUUCUAGGCGGUGCUAUAAAAUUUGUAUCUGUUCGGUCAUCUUAGGUGAACUUGAGUCUUUUCGAAAUUACAAGGGCUUGAGUAUUAUUUUUACGAAAAUUUUAGAUGCAAUUUGACUUAUUACGAAAGUGAGACAUUUUCCUCUCUCCAUCAUACUUUUGAAUCCGAAAAUUUUAGAUUUCCUUUUUUCUACGAAAAAUAGCCUGACUGGGGAAGUGAAAUGUGAAAAUUAAACUUCAGAAAAUCGUAGGGAAUUGGUUAAAUAAGCUUCAAAAAUUGUACAUGAAUGGAACGGUCAUCUAGAAAUUUUUAGCCCGCGUCCUCAAGUAAUAGAAAAUUAUAGGUAAUAUUUGCUUUUCCAAACAGAUAUUUUACAGAAAACAGUCGUUGGGUGCCCCUGUUGAAUUGAAAACUACUUAUCCAACAGGUCCAUCAAAGUAGUUUUAUCUGGCUAGUUUAUGCACGAACCAGGCAAUGAUCUGACCUACAAUAGUAUCAGGUUUGAUAUAAGCUUAUAGAACUUUCGAAAGCCUUUAGACAUUUUCUGACCGCAAAUACAAAGAAAACGUUCCGAAGAAUGUUUAGUUACGAUUUCGCCUGUAAAGAGAAAGCUCUGAGCGAUUUUCUUGCCUCGAGUUUAUCUUGAAAAAUAGCAAACACCGGGAAGCCGGCUUAAAACAUAAAUCUGCAAGGUUUUAAGUUUAUAAGCUUAACCUUAAUACCUGACUCAUGAUUUUUAGAGACACUUUACUCUCAAUACUUGUCUUCGUGAACGAAAAUUGUUGUCUCUGUACGUGUUUCACCGAAUAGUAUUUAUUUUACUGACUGAUAGUAGUCUCUCUCGCAAUUUUAAUCGUUGCUCCGCUUCUUUUCAGUCGUACAUAAACAUCGCAUGCAGGAGUACUGAAAAUUGCCGUGCGUAAAUAUUAAACGCUUUUAAACAUUACAUAUAACAGAACCAUAAAUUAAAGGGAAAUAAGACCUAAACAUAAUAAAUUCUCUUUCACCUUGACGCAUAACUCUGUUACUGUUCAUUCAAACACCUGACAGCCGGCACUGGAAAUUUAGUGCUUGUCAAAAGUGAGAACACAUCCGGCUUGCCGUAUAGGUGAUUUUGGGAAUUUUUUUUAUCGUUUUCCCUAAAAGCCCAGACUUAUUACCCUACAUAUGAUAUAGGAGCAUAUUUUUCUGAGUGAACAGUAACUGCAUCACGAAAAUCUCUAAUUUGCUGUGAAAAGGACGCCGAGCGCGUGCUUCGAUCGGCCUGGACUGAUUAAAUGAGUGCAAUUUGUCUUGCAAAUUGUGAAAAACUGCAGAAUUAUAGGUUUAAAUAGGGCAAAAUUAAAGAAAAAAUUCUGUCCAAGGUCUGUAUGAUAAAAGAAAACAGCGCCUCAAUAGUACUGUUUUCCUCAGACGUAACGUAUAAAAGUAUAUUUAAAAGGCUGGUUUACACGCCACCAGAUUUGUCGCCAAGAUUUACUUGUCAAGUAAACUUGUCGAACACAAAAAAUCCGGCCUGAUUUCUUAUUGUGGCCUCCCUUUUAGACAGAAUGCAAAGUGUAAAUGUUUUGGCUGCCACAGAAGACUAUGUUGCGUGGCAUAAGAUUAUAAUUCGGGGCUGCCCAAUCAUCCAUAGUGGCUGGGGGGAAUAAACCUUAAGGUGUUGUAGGUGGGCGACUGGGUUAUUUUGUUUGGGAAGAAUUUGUUUUCCAGGCCUAAUCUACUGUGAUCGAAGAUGAUUGCUAUUUUUUGGGUGUACAUUUAAGACUAUUAACUCGAUGUAAAACUGAUUUGAUUGACUCUUGGACUGUCAAAUCAUUUUUCUCUAAAAUCACUCAGCCGCUCCCUCAAAAGUCACAUGAAUGUACCCUAAAGUUAACUGAUUUGUGGAUUACAAGUUUAUUGUUUGAUUUAAAUUAUAAAUUUAUUGACGGGAGCUUCGCUUUUAGCCCUGGGUAAAUCUAUAUAUUACAUUUGUUCUCCUCCUUGCUAUUCGUACUAGAGGUUAGGCUUUCUUGCCUUUAACAUUAGAUGCUCAUAUCCCAAAGCAGCUUUACUUCAAUUCAUCAUUCUCCACAAACCCGUCUGGCACAUGUUCUUGCAAGCCAUUGUUCCUUCCUUUUCAGACUUCAGAUAAAUUCCAACGUACAAUCUUUGCCACAUUAUCGCGCCAUUUUUUUAUUUUCCACUGGGCCAACUUUUCACACCCACUUACUAGAAGACACACACUCUCCCUUUUGGCCUCGCAUUCUACACAACGGUAUUAUUAUCACUGUCAUUAUUAUUAUUAUUAUUAUUAUUAUUAUUGUUAUAAUUAUUAUUAUUAAUUAUCAUUAUCAUUAUUAUCAUUAUUUUAAUUUAUAUGUUGUAAAUUUCGUUACAAAGAACGAUCACAUACGCCUAAUUGCAAACUGUUCAAGAAACAACUUUCUUUCCAGAAGAAUGUAUACUCAAGAAAUGACGUCGUUGUUUCUUUCUAUACGUCAUACAUGCAGGACUAUCCCUUAAUGGCGUUUAUUUACUGAUCGAUAACAUUUGUGAGACCAAUAAAGUUAGGACAUAUCUACUUAGCUUUCAGUAAGUUAGGAAAGUCAUAUAAUAAUGUACUUGAGAAAUUCUUAUUCCUAGCUCGCGUAAGUUAGGAAAGUCAUAUAAUAAUGUAUUUGAGAAAUUCUUAUUGUUAUCUAAAACAAGGAAAUUUUCCCCAAUUUCAUCGCAUUACUCUUUAACGGUUGUUUGGGCUUAGCUACCACUCGAGUACGUGCUAUAAUAGAGUCGCUUUUUAUCUUAAUUCUUGUUUCAGGAGGCUGGGUCCUCAUUUCCAACGUAACGAUGCAAAGCUCAAAAUUUCCCUCUCAGCUGCCAGUCAAGACUUCAUACCGUGGAAUAACUAGUGAACAGAUGGUUAUCAAGAAAAGCGCCAUGAAUGAGUUGAAAACACACUUGUCUUUCACCCAACUGAGAUUCCACUGCAGUAAAAAGAAUGGACGUACAUUCCACGUGACCACUGCUCCUAACAGCACUGGUGAAGCUGUAGUUCAGUACUUCAGCGGCCAGACGGACGUUAUGCCCGCAUCGUGUGGAUCCUUUAUCAAGAUGAAAAAUGACAACUCGGUGUUAGCCACGGUUUGCAAGAGGUGGGGAAGGGAAAAUGGUGUAUAUGGAGUUGGCAAAUGGAGUCAUCAAGAACGGUACUUCAACAGAUUGUACGUUCUCCCUGCUUUUGAUAACGCUGGUUAUCUUUGGGUUCUCUCACCAAAGGAAAAAAGAUGGGAAUGCGAUGAUUAUUUUGGUAAAGUAACUGCUGGUGAUUUCUGGAAAAUUUACGUUCGCUAA